GGGGUGAUUGACAACUGGCCGGGUGUAGGAUAAAAAUAACAUAAUUAUCCCUUGUGUCCCCUUGUUUAUAACCGUUUGAUUUCAGAUUUGAGAAUACCUGUUGGUAAAUAAGUUGACUUUACCGAGUUUUCUCCGCUUACCAUUCAUUUUUAAUGCUUAAUUUCGAGAAGUGUCUUUGCCAACAGACGGUCAAGCUAAAUUAUGCGGACAAAUUAAAAAAUUUAUCAAAAAUCUUGUCGAAAUGACAAAAUUCUCUCAAUUUGACAACGUCAUUUAAGCCCCAGUCUGUUGACAGAAACCAAUCACCACCACCGGGAGAGAAAAAAAUUGUCGAUACAUUAAAUUGUAAAAUGAAACAUUGCUGGGUGCUUCACAUGGCCUGAGGAAAAAAUAUAUAGUGGUUUUGUCCUUUUGAAACAUUUGACUGUUGUUGACCUCAACUAAUUCGGCUAGGAACCACGUUGAACCUUUAAAAUGUCUACACAAUCAUCGGAGAAUUUAACUAGAUUUGCGCUAAGCGGAAUCUCUAACAUGUGUGGUGGAGCAGUAACAAACCCCAUAGAUGUCAUCAAGAUUCGCAUGCAACUUGAGAAUGAAUUGGGCUCAAAACAUAGCAGCAAGAAUAUUUUCAAAGACCGUUAUUAUAAGGGGUUUAUAAGAGGUGGAAUUAGAAUUUUCUCUGAGGAGGGCUUGAGGGGUCUUUAUAAAGGGUUGCUGCCAUCAAUGAUGAGGGAAGGAUCAUACAGUACUAUUAGGCUAGGAGCAUAUGAGCCAUUAAAAGUUAAGUUAGGAGCUACUGAUAUUGCUCACACUCCUCUGUGGAAGAAAAUUGUGGCUGGUGCAAUGUCAGGAACAAUAGGUAGUGCAAUUGCUACGCCCACAGACUUAGUCAAGGUUCGCUUCCAAGCCUUGGGACCUGGAAAAAAAUCAGAGUAUCGACACACUUUCCAUGCGUUUUGGAAAAUAGCACAAAAGGAAGGAAUAAGAGGAUUAUGGACAGGCGUGGGCCCAACAGUUCAGCGUGCAGCUAUUUUGACAGCAGCACAAAUUCCAUCAUAUGACCAUACAAAACAUACUUUAUUAAAUGCGCAGUUGAUGGAAGAAGGGCCAGCCUUACAUGGUGUAUCAUCUGUCAUUGCUGGAUUUGUGACAGCUCUUAGUACAUCACCAUUUGAUGUGGUGAAAACACGCAUGAUGAACCAGAAAAAAGAUGCCAGUGGAAAGCCAUUGGUAUACAGAAAUACCAUCCAUUGUAUAGGGAAAAUUGUUAGACAUGAAGGAUUAUUAGGAUUGUAUAAGGGAUUUAUACCAAACUGGAUGCGAAUAGGCCCUCAUACUAUUGUUACUUUUUUUGUCUUUGAAAGACUCCGAUAUUUGGUUGGUAUGAGUCCUGUGUGAAAGUGGCAGAGGUAGAAAUGGACCUCAGGUUGAGAGGUUCAGGCUCAAGACCCGGGUCUUGUUUUAUCUUUAUUUUUUAGAAUAAAUUAUUAUUAGUAAAUCCUUGUAGUUGGUUGUUUUCCAUAAUUGUUCUUACCAAAACUAUCAGCCACAGAAACAAGAUGGACAGUCUAGAGUGACACAACUAGCUUCUCUAUUAUUUAAAUUUUGAUUGGCUUCAGGGUCUGAUAAAUUACUGGAAAACAGGCCCAAGAUCAUUGUGUUGAGUGCUUGGGCAAAAUUCUUUACUGUCACAUUGCCUCUCUCCACCCAGGAGGAAAAUGAAAUGUAAUGUUGUUACUAAGUUUUUCUAAUAUGCUUGUUUAAGUGGUGCCUUGUUGUACUACCCCGAGUUCUGUUGUACAUUAAAUUAUCUACCUUAGAUGAUAUUUGAGGAAAGUUUUUGUUUUAUUAGUUUUAGGCCUGGCAAAAUAUAUAGCAGAUGUACUAUUAA